CGCUCGAUGCGCAUCGGGGCUUCAGGAAGCUGCAUAAAAGCAGCAGCUCCAAGUGACUCACUCCAAGGUCCGUCUCUGGGUGUCAUCUUAUUGUCAUCUGUCUGUCUGCUUGAGAGUUGAAGCUUGACUAUGUCUCCUGCUUAUGCUGUUAAUGGUUCUCCGAAGCCGAAAGGCGUAGCGAUAUAUUGUGGGUCUUCCCUAGGAAAGCAGAAGGCUUUUGAGAAUGCUGCUGUCUCUGUUGGUGCUGCACUUGCACGGAACGGACGGCCGCUUGUUUAUGGUGGAGGCUCAAAAGGAAUCAUGGGCGUUGUCUCAGGCAGUGCGUUGGAACAAGGUGGGGAUGUCACUGGCGUUGUGCCGUAUGCGAUGUAUGCUGCUGGGGGUGAAAGGGAGAAGACGACGAGCGAGAUAGAGAAUAGUGUGGACAUUAUGGUGAACACGCAUGGCAAGGAAAGGUUAACAACAGUCCUUGUGAACUCGAUGCACGAGCGUAAGGUCGAGAUGGCUAGACGUGCAAGUGGUUUCAUUGGUUUACCAGGAGGAUAUGGAACAUACGAGGAAGUUUUUGAAGCGAUUACCUGGACGCAGCUAGGCAUCCAUGACAAGCCCGUCAUCCUGCUCAACGUCCUCUCGUUCUACUCACCUCUUCGAGACCUCGUUCGUAACGGCGUAAAUGAAGGUUUCAUCCAACCAUCCAACGAGAACCUUGUGCUUUUCGUCGAUGGUCCGUCCGACCCGUCAUUGCACGAGACGUUCGAUUGGGGAGAGGCAGCGCUAGAGGCUUUGAACUCAUGGAACAAGGGCGAAGCUUCCGUUUAUACAUAUGAUUGGUCCAAGAAAAUGGGAAAGGAAAAUGGGGAGAGUAAGGAAGAUAGAUUGGAUGUUACGUGAUGUAGAUGUAGAAUAUAUGCUGUUCACAGCCGACUCUCCAGGCAGAAAUUAUUAUUUGUGUAUGUGUACGCGUCGCUUACAUAAUAUACGCGUUAAUUUG